CACUAACAUUGGUAUAUUCUGUGGACAGAAACAUACAACAUGUCUUUUGUAAGACGUGCGUUAACAAUCGUUUGGGUUGUAUGCAUUGCUGAAAUUAAUGGUUAUUUUCAAGAGGAAACAUGCCACUCUUUUGCAGGAGGUUCAGUAUAUCCACAGGGAUCACCAAGAAAUGUCGAUCAUAAAUUAACGUGGACAAAAGCAGUUAUUUCAAAACCAGCACCUGACUGGGAGGGCAGUGCAGUAAUUCAUGGAGAAUUUAAACACUUAAAACUCUCAGACUACAAAGGAAAAUAUCUGGUAUUACUUUUCUAUCCUUUGGAUUUCACAUUUGUGUGCCCUACUGAAAUUCUUGCUUUCAACGAUCGGAUUGAAGAAUUCCGGAAAAUCAACGCAGAAGUAGUAGCGUGCUCUGUUGACUCUCACUUUACUCAUCAUGCAUGGACAAACACACCACGGAAGGAUGGUGGCCUUGGAAAGCUAACAAUCCCACUCUUGUCAGAUUUGACUCGCAAAAUAUCUCAAGAUUAUGGUGUUUUCUUAGAAGAUUUGGGUCAUGCUCUGAGGGGCCUUUUCAUAAUUGAUGGGCGAGGGAUAUUACGUCAGAUUACAAUGAAUGAUCUGCCUGUUGGUCGCAGUGUAGACGAAACACUGCGGUUAGUCCAGGCAUUCCAGUAUACAGAUGAGCAUGGAGAAGUGUGCCCAGCAGGCUGGAAACCGGGGCAAGAAACAAUUAUACCAGAUCCUGUUGGAAAGAAGAAAUUCUUCCAGAACCAGAAGGAUUAGACUUGAAUAAAUCAGUUUGAUAGCUGAAAUGUGGUGGGGGGAAAUUGGAACAAUGGAUUGAGAAUGCAUUUACCAUAAACAGUCCAGUAUUUGAUUUGUACCUGGAGCUUGCUUUGCAUAUCAUGGAUUUUUAAAUUGUUUUUAAUUACAGUCAAACUUGGUUAUAACAUCAUCCAAGAAGUGUCAUACUAACCGAUGAAGGGAUUAAAUCCGAUUUCAAGAAGAAAUAUGUAGUGUCAUUUUGUAGAGCACUAAAAUUCACUUUACAUUUAAAGUUAAUCUUAUUUUCCAUAUGGUUUGAAUUGUGAAAUUAUGUAAAUAAAAUUCCUGGUGCACCCCAGCUUUCUUCUUUCCACUCUCAAUUUGUUUGAUCGCAUUAACUUUAUCCUCCACACUUAAUGCUCCUUUUUAUUUUCUUCAUCUUUCAACUUCAGUAAGUCUAUUUGUUUUCAAAACCUGUUUGUUACUGAAGCUAUUGUACUUUUUCCAUACAUUGUCUUAGGGUACUUAUAAGAUUGAGCACUCAAGGUCACUCGGUAUUAUUUAAAAAGGGUCAUUGACAUGGUAGCAGAAAGUCCCAUUAAAUUUCUUUCUGUCCA